AUGAACUCACGUCUCCCUGUCUCCCCCUCUCUAUCAACUAAUACACCCAACUCCAUAUCCAGCCAAAUUAACAUCGCCGCCAGGAUUCUGCCAAGAACCGUUGAAGUUGUCGUCGUCGUCCAAUCCGGUCGGACUCAACAUCUUCGUCUCUCCGAGCAGUCGUGGUCGAGCGAGUUCCAGAUCCAAGUCUCGCCUGUGCGAAAGCAGGAGGGGGAAGCGGUGGAGCCGGGAGUAUCGAUGUUAAUUCUGCCGCUACGAGAAGCCCAUUCUCGUCCCUCUACCUCGCCGCCGUCGCGCUCCAUCGAUGUCGACUCCGCAACGAGUCUGCGGCUCCGUAGCGACGCCGAUGCCCCCAACGUCUCUCAACUGGCUUGA